GUUCAUUUAGUUUUGAUAUCGAAAUUUUAAUUAAAAAAAAAAUUCAAAAGCAGUGUUCUAGAAGAAUUUCCUUGCCACAAAACAAACAAAAUUAACAUUUCCAACAACGCUAUUAUUAUUGAGAACUUUUCCACAAACAAUUGGCCGAAAGCAUUUUAGCCCUCACGAUUGCCGCCAGUAACGAGUAAAGCCGAAGCACCACAACGUUCACUUUCGUUGAAAACAACUGCUAAACGUAAACAAAACUUUUCACAACUCGUGUGCUCGUAACUGCUCAAGCGCAUGCGCAAAGAGAUUCGUCUACGCUACGAGAUAAACGCAAGCCAGCAACUUCGUGCAUGUCAAUACACAAAUACAAACACAAAUAUUCGGCAAAUUAGAAGAAUAGCAAGAAAGCGCGAAGGCAUAAAUUCGAGUGUUGCAGCAGGAAAAGCCAACAGUUUGCCGGCGCGUUUGAAAGCGAGCAUUUGUCAAGUCACAAGUCAAACAACCAAGUGACAAACAUACAUAUCUCAUAAUUGGCCGGAGAAAGUGCCGAGUGCAAUACACAUAAUAUAAAAUAUCAUUGCAUUUAUUUUUAGUGCAUUCAAGUGAGCAUUUGAAAAAUCAAGCGCGAAUAUGGUUAAGGCACCAGCGAUCGGUAUUGACUUGGGCACCACCUAUUCCUGCGUGGGCGUUUGGCAAAACAACAAAGUCGAAAUAAUCGCCAACGACCAGGGCAAUCGCACCACACCCAGUUAUGUUGCGUUCAACGAUACGGAACGUUUGAUCGGCGAUGCGGCCAAGAAUCAGGUCGCCAUGAACGCCAAAAACACAGUAUUUGAUGCCAAGCGUCUUAUAGGUCGUCGCUUCGAUGAUACAAAAAUACAAGAGGACAUGAAGCAUUGGCCUUUCAAAGUGGUCAACGACUGUGGCAAACCCAAAAUCGAAAUCGAGUUCAAAGGCGAAGUAAAACGUUUCGCGCCCGAAGAAAUAAGCUCGAUGGUUUUAACUAAGAUGCGUGAAAUCGCCGAGGUCUAUCUGGGUGGCAAUGUUACCGAUGCCGUUAUUACGGUGCCUGCCUACUUUAAUGAUAGUCAACGUCAGGCCACCAAAGAUGCCGGUUCGAUUGCUGGUCUGAACGUGCUGCGCAUCAUUAAUGAGCCCACAGCCGCUGCUUUAGCUUACGGUUUAGAUAAGAAUUUGAAAGGUGAAAAGAAUGUGCUCAUCUUUGAUUUGGGGGGUGGUACCUUCGAUGUCUCCAUAUUAUCCAUCGAUGAGGGCUCGCUCUUUGAGGUCAAAUCUACAGCCGGUGAUACGCAUUUAGGCGGUGAAGAUUUCGAUAAUCGACUUGUCAAUCACUUCGUUGAAGAAUUCAAACGCAAGCACAAACGUGAUUUGUCCUCCAAUGUGCGCGCUUUGCGACGUCUGCGUACCGCUUGUGAGCGCGCCAAGCGCACCCUCUCCAGCAGCACAGAGGCUUCCAUCGAAAUCGAUGCUUUGCAUGAGGGUAUUGACUUCUAUUCGAAAAUCAGUCGCGCACGUUUCGAAGAGUUGAACAUGGACUUGUUCCGUUCGACACUGCAGCCAGUUGAGCGUGCGCUAAACGACGCUAAAAUGGAUAAGGCCGCCAUUCAUGAUGUAGUGUUGGUGGGCGGUUCUACACGCAUUCCGAAAAUACAAAAGAUGCUCCAAGACUUCUUUGGCGGCAAACAGCUGAACUUGUCCAUCAAUCCCGACGAGGCUGUGGCAUACGGCGCCGCCGUACAAGCUGCCAUUCUUACUGGUGUGGGUAGUUCCCAAAUUCAGGAUGUAUUGCUGGUUGAUGUUACGCCGCUCUCAUUGGGUAUCGAGACUGCCGGUGGUGUCAUGACCAAACUAAUUGAACGCAAUGCUCGCAUUCCAUGCAAACAACAACAAACCUUUACUACAUACAGCGAUAACCAGAAUGCGGUCACAAUACAGGUGUACGAAGGUGAGCGCGCCAUGACUAAGGACAACAAUCUUUUAGGUACAUUCAAUUUGACUGGCAUACCGCCAGCACCACGUGGUGUGCCCAAAAUUGAGGUCACCUUUGACCUUAACGCCGAUGGCAUAUUACACGUUUCCGCUAAGGACAACAGCACCGGUAAAUCGGAGAAGAUUACCAUUACUAAUGAUAAAGGACGUCUGUCCAAGGCGGAAAUCGAUCGUAUGCUAUCGGAUGCUGAACAGUAUAAGGAUGAGGAUGAGAAACAGAAGCAGCGAAUUCAGUCUAGGAAUGCUUUAGAGAGCUACAUCUUCAGCUGCAAACAGGCCAUUGAAGAUGCACCCGCUGGACGUCUGACAGACGCCGAUAAGUCCACGGUACGCGAUAAAUGCACUUCGGAGAUGUCCUGGCUGGAUGCCAAUACGCUCGCUGAAAAGGACGAGUUCGACGAUCACCUGAAGGAGUGUCAACGAGUUUGUGGCCCUGUAAUGGCGAAAAUGCAUGGCGGCGCUGGUAGUGGUGAUGCAGGUGCGGCUAAGGGAGCACAAGGUGGACGUGCUGGCGGGCCAACUGUCGAGGAAGUCGACUAAUUUAGCAAUCAUUUAGAAAUAGUCUCUCACUAAAUUUCUCAUAUACUUUCAUUUUCACUUUCACUUUCAAUUUGAAUUAUUUAUUCGUACAUUUUCUAAAACAGCCAAUUAUAAAUAUAUGUACAUACAUAUAUAUAUAUGUA